GUAAAAUUAAUAUAUGGAUAUUAUGUUUAUGUUACGUUUAGGAUUUAUGAAAAUGGAAAAUUAUGAGGCAUUUGUAGUUGAUCCCUGUAAGAUACCGCUUUCCGGUGUUGCUCAGAAGAUUAUGUCUGCUGUGUACUCAGGUGACUUAGUGGAGUCUAAGCAUUGGAGAGGGGUGAAAAGAGUGACUGCAGAAGUGGUGAAUAAAUCCCCUAUUAAGUGUUCAGUACUUCUUGAAGAUGGGAAGAAUCAAUCACUGGAAAAAAGGCCCUCCGGUGUCAGACUCACGGACCAGCCGUCUGCUGCCAGACGGAAGAGCAGCAGCUCACCGCUGCCUCCCAGCUGUCUACCUCCACCGUGGAAGCAGGAGGCUUCGGUUCUGCAGAAAAUGGAAUGGGAAAGAAAACAAUUCCUAAAGGAAGAUGUAGGUAAUGAAAAAAGAGAAAGCAUGAAUCUUAAAAGAAAACAUAGCACACAUAAUUUUUCGGGGAGAACAAGCAAACACGUGGCAUCGGAAGAAGACGCUGCUGAGGUCAAAGCCUACCUAAAUUGUGGGAACCCCAGAGCAUGCGAAAACCAUUUUUGUCAUAGUAGGUAUUUGGAUGAUGGAGCACAAAGCCAAGUGAUUGAAAUGCUCCAAGAGGCUGAGGCCCUGGUGGUGACACUGAGAGUGGCCCAGGCUCUUAUUUCCUCUGUUAAAGGCAUCGUGGUGUCACUGCAGAGCCGUGCAGUUGGCAGUGGUCCCCUGGACAUCCCAGCUUCUGACGGCGCCCCGGGGGAAGUCUCCACACCCAGUCCACGGUGUAACCACAUAGAAAUGGCUUCCUCCAAUGGGGGCCAAGAGCAUGAGGCAUAUAAUCAAUUUUCCAGGAAAGUGCUGUUUCAGACUCUGAAAUGUAAGUGUCCUGUCAUUUGUUUUAACGCCAAGGAUUUUGUGAGGACAGUGCUGCUUUUUGGUAAUGAUGGCGGUUGGAAGCACGUUGUGCAUUUCGUAGGGCUAGACCCCAGAAUUGCCGCACGGCUCAUAGAUCCUGAGGAUGCCACACCUUCUUUUGAAGAUUUAGUGGCAAAAUACCUCGAAAGCGCCAUAUCUGUCACCGUGAGCAGCACGUACGGGAAUUCCUCAAGAAAUGUGGUGAACCAGAAUGUACGUGUGAACCUGAAGAUACUCUACAGACUCACGAUGGGCCUUUGUUCUCAGUUGAAGGUUUACGGUUUAUGGCAACUAUUUUGUACUUUGGAGCUUCCUCUGAUACCGAUUUUGGCAGUGAUGGAAAACCACAGCAUUCGGGUGAACAGAGAAGAAACGGAGAGGACUUCAGCACUUCUUGGGUCUCGUCUCAAGGAAUCAGAGCAGGAAGCUCAUUUUGUGGCAGGAGAACAGUUUCUUAAAACGAGUAAUAAUCAGCUUCGAGAGGUAAAACCCGCUCGCUCACCACGUGUCCCUGCUUUUGUUAAAGACAUGCUGAGUCCCAGGGACCCUCUUCCUAGAACAGGGCCGCGGGGACUCCCGUCCACGUCAGAGGCCGUGUUAAAUGCCCUGCAAGAUCUUCAUCCAUUACCCAAGAUAAUUUUGGAAUAUAGGCAGGUUCACAAGACCAAGUCAGCCUUUGUGGAUGGAUUACCAGCUCGCAUGAAAAAGGGCUCCAUUUCCUGUACGUGGAAUCAGACAGGAACUGUGACUGGAAGACUUUCAGCGAGGCGCUCGAAUAUUCAAGGUAUCUCCAAGCACCCAAUUCGGAUCACUAAACUGUAGAAUUUUAAAGGUGCGGAAGGCGGAAGGCUCACCGUCUCCCCGAGGAGCACGUUGGUCUCACCCGAGGGCCACACCUUCCUGGCAGCAGACUCUUAUCUCACCGACUUUUCACAGAUUCAAUUGCACAUUCUUGCACACUUAUCUGGGGAUCCGGAACUUUGGAAGCUAUUCUGGGAAUCUGAAAAAGAUGAUGUAUUUUCUACCCUGACUUCACUGUGGUAAGAUAUAUGAGCUCACAAUAUGCUACACGCUGAUAGAAAGAAAAAAAAGAAAAUCACUGGGGCCGUUUCUGUCCGUUUAGGGAAGGAGCGGCUUGCUGCUUGCCUUGGAAUUACUGUGCCGGAAGCUGCCCAGUUUUUGGAGAGUUUUUUGCAGAAGUACAAGAAAAUCAAGGACUUUGCCCAAACAACCAUUGCCCAGUGUCACCGGACAGGCUACGUGGCAUCCAUCGUGGGCCGAAGGAGACCGCUGCCGAGGGUCCACACACAGGACCAGCGGCUCCGGGCACGAGCAGAGCGACAGGCGGUGAACUUCGUGGUACCAGGCUCGGCCGCAGACCUCCGUAAGAUGGCCGUGAUCCACAGUACUGCGGUGGCCACUUCCCCUACCCUGGCGGCCAGGUUGGUCGCCCAGAUCCACGACGAGCUGUUAUUUGAGGUGGAAGAUCCACAGGUCCCAGCGUGUGCGGCUCUUGCCAGGGGCACCAUGGAGCCCCUGCGGCACGUGCAGGCCUUGGAGCUGCACCUGCAGAUGCCCCUGAAGGUGAGCCUGAGUGCCGGCCACUCGUGGGGACACCUGGCGCCACUGCGGGAGGCCCCGGGCCCUCGGCCCAGCCCACGUCCCGCGGAGUCUCCAAGCAACCACCCAGCCACCGCCAGCCCCUGUGCCAGCAGCUUCCCCCGGUGUGUGCAUUUUUCCCCUUCAUUUUGUCUGUGGCCCCAGGCAACAGUGGGAGGAGAGAACUGGUUUCCACCAGCCCGUCGUGUGGCCGUCCCCAAGGUCAGCACGGGGCACUUUGUACUGGCGUCACGGCCAGAGCAGGCUGUGGAGGGGGCCACGCUCACCCCCCCCGGUUGUCCCCUGGAGUAAAGGCCUUUUCAAAGCCGGCCGAAUUCCUCCCAGGGAUGGGAAAUGCCUGUCCACAGCCCUCAGCCAGACCCAGGGCUGAGUGCCUGACACGUGGCCCUG